AUGGCUGUGGCUCAUCUGCUCUGCAUCCGCACGCCUGACCUCACAGAGAACGUGGCAGCAUACGUGCACAGCUGUCAGACGUAUGAAGGCGGCAUUGGAGGGGAGCCUGGCGCAGAGGCGCAUGGGGGCUACACCUUCUGUGGGCUCGCGGCAGUGCUGUUGGCAGGCGCUGACUCGUGGCAGCAUCUCGACCUGCACCUGCUCCUGGACUGGCUGGUGUUUAGACAAGGCAGCAUGGAGGGGGGAUUUCAGGGGCGGAGCAACAAGCUGGUGGAUGCCUGCUACAGCCUCUGGCAGGGGGGGCUCUUCCCACUCCUCGCCCUCUGCUCAUCCUCCUGCCUCCCCACUGGCGAUGCCAGCUCAGUGCAACAGCCGAGCAAUGUGAGCUCGGUGCCGCGUUCGGAGGGUGCAGGAGGGGAUCGGCAAGCCGGGCCGGCACCGGCAGGCAGCAGCGAGGAGAGAGGGGUUGCUGGUGACUCGAGGGAGGCUGCUGGUGGGUCUGGUGGUGUUGCUGGUGAUUCGAGAGAUGCUGGUGCUGGUGGGUCUGGCGGGGAUGAAGAGCAUUCCAGUGAAAGAGGUGGUGGUGGUGGUGGUGGUGGUGGUGGUGGUGGUGGUGGUGGUGGUGGUGGUGGUGGUGGUGGUGGUGGUGGUGGUGGUGGUGGUGAGAGAGGAAGAGAGCGGGCGGAGGAUGCGGAGGCGGAUGAGGAGGAGGAAGAUGAGGAGGAUGAGUGGGAGGAAGCAGAUGUGGAGGCAUUUCACCGUGUUCCCUUGGCGGCCACUGCACGUGGAGGGCGUGACUGGGUUGGAAGCUUCUGUUACAACGACGUGGCACUACAGGCAUACCUGUUGCUGUGCUGCCAGGUGCCAGAGGGGGGACUGAGGGACAAGCCAGGCAAGGCGAGGGACUACUACCACACCUGCUACGCCCUCAGUGGUCUCACAGCAGCCCAGCACUCCCAUCCACUCACGUUCCCCGUGCACACCCGUAAUACCCAGCAAGUUGCGGCUAGUGCGGCACAGGGAGUGGGGGGUAGUGUGUUAGGGCCUGUUUCGAAUCUGCUGGCAGUGGCAGAGCCUCGCUAUUUCUUGCGCCAAGUGAUCUCCACCCGCGGGCUAACUUCCGCGCAAGCGCCCCCAUCAAUGGGCGAAAAGCGCAAGGCGGAGGGGGAAACGGAGGCGGAACACAAGAAGUCAAAAGCGACAGCAGCGGGGGAAGAAGGCUCCGCGGGCGCAGGGGGGGCAACGGGAGGGGGAGGCGAGGCCAUGGGGGGUUCCUCAGGGUUUAAGGUUUUGAAAGAGGGUGCAGCGGAGAUUUUAGUACAGGGUAACGACGUGUUCUAUAACAAGGCGCAGGUAGUUAAUCGCGACCUGUCCGUUUGCGUGCUUCGCGCGUUCGUCGCGGUUCGGCGGGAGGAGGUGAAUCAGCGCGCCGCGGCCGCGGCUGCGGGGGUGAAGGGACGCGCGCUCCUGAAACACCCCAAUGCGGACCUUGCGGCAAAAUCUGCGGCGGCUGCUGCGGCGAAGCUUAGAGGCGGGGAGAAAGGGGGAGACGCGGAAAAAGAUGCGGCGGCUGAAGCGGGGGAGGGGCAGCAGCAGCAGGCGAAGGUGGCUGAAGUGAAGCCUUUGAGAAUCCUAGAGGGACUGGCAGCAUCAGGGCUACGUUCAAUCCGGUAUGCGAAGGAGGUCCUGGGGGUGGGCGCGGUGGUGGCGCUGGACAACGACCCCGUGGCCGUGCAGGCAUGCCAACGCAACGUGGCACACAACUUUGGUGGUAAACCACCACCCGCCACCGCCACCACCGCUACUGAUGCUGCUCCACCACCACCCGCCACUGCUGGUGGUGCUGCUGUGGCUGAGGGGGAGGGAGGGGAGGGCAAGGAGGAGGGGAAGGGACGGGAGGGUGAGCCGGCGAGUGAGGGGGGGAAGGUUGAAGGGGAGGGAGCGGUACCAGUGAGAGCGGAGCAAGGCGACGCACGUGUGUACAUGAUACUGCAUGAGAAGGAGUUUGAUGCGGUGGAUCUGGACCCGUACGGGACGCCGUCGGUCUUCCUGGAUGGGGCAGUGCAGGCAGUGGCGGAUGGGGGCAUGCUGCUGGUGACGGCCACUGACAUGGCUGUGCUGUGUGGCAACAAUGCCGAGGUCUGCUACUCCAAGUACGGGGCCUAUCCACACCGUGCCAAGUACUGCCACGAGAUGGCGAUCCGCAUACUGCUCGCCUCCAUCGAGAGUGCGGCGAACCGCUUCAAGCGGCACAUAGUGCCGGUGCUCUCCGUGUCUGUUGACUUCUACAUCCGUGUCUUCGUGCGCGUCUUCACGUCAGCGCAGGCAGUGAAGGCGACACCCAGCAAGCUGGCAUACGUCUUCCAGUGCUCCGGCUGUGACUCCUACCACCUGCAGCCCGUGGGACGGGUUGUUGAGGGGCGUGCCAAGAAACCAGACGCCCCCCCUCCUCCCCCCCGGUACCUACCUGGCCUAGGCCCGGUGAUCCCUCCUGCCUGCGAGCACUGCGGGCGGCAUCUGAGCAUCGGAGGGCCCAUGUGGUCUGCACCGAUCCAUGAUGCUAACUGGGUUCGGCUGGUUCUGAGGGAGGUGCAAGCUGGGAAGGGCAGGCUGGCUGGGUUUGGCAAGGUGCACGGGCUGCUGACUGCCGUGUCUGAGGAGCUGCAUGACAUCCCUCUCUACAUCGACCUGCAUGAGAUCAGCGCCACACUCAAGUGCACGCCGCCCAGCAUGCUGCUCUUCCGCUCCGCGCUAGUCAACGCGGGGCACCGCGUGUCAGGGGCGCACUCCAACCCCCUCGGCAUCAAGACUGACGCCCCACUGGGUCUUAUCUGGGAUGUCAUGCGCUGCUGGAUCCGAGACCAUCCGGUGAAGUCCCAAGGGGAGGGCAGCCCAGCUGACACAAUCCUAGCCAAGCCACCCAUGACUGAGGUCAACUUUGCAAAAGCGCCCAAGGCUUUGAGCAAAGCGCAGCAGAAGGGAGUGGCACGAUUCGUGCCCAACCCAGAGGCAUACUGGGGGCCCAAGCCGCGUGCGGGGAGGAAGGAUGCCAAUGCCAUGGCUGUGCUGGCACGGGAAGAAGGCGCGGAGGGGAAGGAGCAAGGGGGACAGGCAGAUGGGAAAGGGGAUGAGACGGCUGAAUGA